AUGUCUUCCUCUCUUACCGUUGACCGUGCACCCUCCUCCGUGUCUAUAACCCCCUCCAAGAAGGCUGCUGCUGCCCUCGAAGCCUUCUCGCUACGCACUCCAACAAAACAAAUUAUCGAUGACAAGAAGCGGUCGGAGUCACCCGACACGCUGGCUGACAACGUAUCUGAUGAAGACGACCUUGACACCCUCCGGCAGAAGUUCGUUGGCGAGGUUGACCUCCUAGAAUGCGAAGAGCCGCUUUUGAAAGAGUCACGGCGUCGGUUUGUACUCUUCCCCAUCCAAUACCACGAGAUUUGGCAGAUGUACAAGAAGGCAGAGGCAUCAUUUUGGACUGCAGAAGAGAUGGACCUUUCGAAGGAUAUCCACGACUGGAACAACCGGUUGAACGACAAUGAACGUCACUUUAUCUCCCACGUACUGGCUUUCUUUGCGGCCUCGGACGGGAUUGUUAACGAGAAUCUCGUCGAGCGCUUUUCGAACGAGGUACAAGUCGCCGAAGCACGCUGCUUUUAUGGAUUCCAGAUCAUGAUGGAAAACAUUCACUCGGAGACGUACUCUUUGCUCAUCGACACGUACAUUAAGGAUGCUGUUCAGCGCGAAUACCUUUUCGAUGCCAUUGAGACCAUCCCUUGCGUCAAGCGGAAGGCCGACUGGGCCCUGAGGUGGAUUUCAGACGAACGUUCAACGUUCGCAGAGCGACUCGUCGCCUUCGCUGCCGUCGAGGGUAUCUUCUUCUCCGGAUCGUUUGCUUCCAUCUUUUGGUUGAAGAAACGCGGUCUCAUGCCUGGUCUCACGUUCUCUAACGAACUCAUCAGCCGUGACGAGGGGAUGCACACCGACUUCGCAUGUCUCCUAUUCAGCCACCUCAAGCGUCGUCCCCACCCAAACACAAUAGAGCACAUCAUUAAGGAGGCCGUCAAAAUCGAACAAGAAUUCUUAACGGACGCGUUGCCGGUUGGGCUGAUCGGCAUGAACGCCAAACUCAUGUGCCAGUACAUCGAGUUCGUCGCUGACCGUCUACUUGUAUCUCUUGGCAACGAUAAAGUGUACAACGUCGCCAACCCGUUCGACUUCAUGGACAUGAUCUCGCUCCAGGGGAAGACCAACUUCUUCGAGAAGCGAGUCUCCGACUAUUCGAAGGCCAAUGUCGCUCACUCAAAUGAGAAGUCUGAGACAGCUGCUUCAAAGGCUUUGUGA